UCAGCUGCACAAACCUACAUGCAUGGAAUCGCACGACUCGGCUUUUUUGACGAAACGGCAUUUACCUCAAAAUAUUGAUGUCGAAUGAGGAGGCAUGGAACACCCAACUUGCAUUUUGGAGGACUUGAAGCAGUUUGUCGUAAGUGACGCCCCGCCAACAGUGUAUUACAUCCCAGAUUUCAUAUCAGAAGAUGAGGAGUCCUUCCUGCUGCAACAGGUGUAUAGGUCUCCUAAAACUAAAUGGACUCAGCUGUCAGGCAGAAGGCUGCAGAACUGGGGCGGGUUACCACAUCCCAAAGGCAUGCUGGCAGAGAGGAUUCCUGACUGGCUCCACGCGUACUGUGAAAAAAUUUCCUCUCUGGGUGCGUUCAGUGGGAAAACAGCCAAUCAUGUGUUGGUAAAUGAGUAUAAUCCAGGAGAAGGGAUCAUGCCCCACGAGGACGGGCCCUUGUACCACCCUACUGUCACCACGAUCAGCCUGGGCUCUCACACCCUGCUCAACUUCUACUCACCUGUUGGCAGCCAGGAGGGCGACGUGCUGCAGACAGAGGAGAACCGCUACCUGUUCUCCCUGCUGGUGAAGCCACGUAGUCUUCUCAUCCUACAGGAUGAAAUGUACCAGCGACUCCUUCAUGGCAUUCAGGGGUGCGAACAGGACACGCUGACGGACAAGGUGGUGAACCUGUCUGCUGCCGGGGCGCUGCCAGGGGAGACACUGACCCGAGGCACCAGAGUGUCGCUGACCAUACGGCAUGUGCCCAAAGUUAUGAAGACGAAGCUCAUGCUGGGGAAGAAAUGAAAAAAAAAAAAAGACAUGAUCUUAUUGUUCCACAUUGCCACUGACCCCACAGCACCUGAUAUACAUGGGAGUCUGCUAGAGUGAUUAUGUGUCUAUGCUAAAUUAGUUUAAUCUAAAUAUCUGUGGAUUCAUGACGCUGUUAGUGGCUUUUCCAUUUGUUGUCCAAGGCAACAACGCAUCUGGGGUUGCAACUCGAAAUUAUUCCAAUUAUUGAUUAAAUGCUUGAAUGUUGUAUAAGUUUAUAGAGUCAAGCUAUCAAAUAUCUAUGUAAUAAAUAACAACAGAAGUCCAGGCCUAAUUAACAGCGCUCAGAAUGGCACCUUUAUACUUUAUACUACUCUCAUCAGCAGCCUAAAACGAUUUAUUUUGAUCAGAAAGGCAAGCAUGAGUUUGCAUCUGUGAAGCUGUUAUCACACAAGUUUCUUUUGUAUAUUUCAGUUGUAAUUAUUAAUCAAGUGUCAAAAAACAAGAAAGAUUUAUGUUGACGUAAUAAAUACUUGUUUUGCUAAUACAUACAUGAAAUAAAUCCAACAUUAUAAUUUA